AUGUCUCCGAGGGCGAAGAACAGCGACGGGGGCGAGGGAGGCGGGGAAACGAAGGAGAUGCGAUUCCGGGGCGUGAGGAAGCGGCCGUGGGGACGGUACGCGGCGGAGAUCCGCGACCCCGCCAAGAAGAGCCGCGUCUGGCUCGGAACCUUCGACACCGCGGAGGAGGCGGCGCGGGCCUACGACACCGCCGCCCUCCAGUUCCGCGGCCCCAAGGCUAAGACCAACUUCCCAAUCUUCACCGCCGCCGCUGGAGCCGGAACCGCCCCAUCCAGCCCCAGCAGCAGCGGCAGCGGCAACACCGUCGAGUCCUCCACCCCUUCCGCGCCCCCUCCACUGGAAAUCGAGCUCGGCCAUGCCGCCGCUCGUUUCCCCUUCCUUCACGCGCGUCCGUUCUUGUUCCUAGGCGCUGCUUCGAGAUCGGAUGCGGCGGCGGCGGCGUUAACUGGGUUCAAGGGAAUCGGGACGAGGGUCUCACCGACGGUGAUGGCGGCGCAAGCGAGGCGUCUUCCCUUCGAUUUGGAUCUCAACCUGCCGCCGCCGCCGGAGGUGGCUUGA